AUGAUCAAAGUCUCUUCCUGCACUUACCUCUUUUAUUCUGGAACAGGAGAUCAAAUUACUUCGAAUGCCACUUGGUUAGAGGACACAGCGGUGUUGUCUGCUGUGCCAGAGCCAGCAGCAGUAUCUGGUUCAUCUGCUGCAUUUUGUUUCAAGUUUCAGAGUCUGCCUACCACAAAACUCCACAUGGCCAGCAGUCUUACCUCUUCCCACUUGGAACAGCCCCCAGACAGGCAGGGCCUACUUUAUAAGAAAAGUAACCGCGCUGCUUCCUACCAGCCCUGCUGGUGUGAGCUCCGAGGAAAUCUCCUUUUCUGCCGGGAACAGUCCGGAGACCGAGCUCAUUUUCAGCUCAUUGUUUUGGAAGGCUGCACGGUGGAAUUGCAGGAAUCUUCAUCAGAGCCACACACCUUUAAAAUCUGCUACCCCAAUGAUUUGCCUGAUCAGUCGUAUAAGAUGGCUGCUGAGAACCAAAAAACCAUGGAAGAUUGGGUGCGGGCGCUGAGCACAGCAGGGUUUGAGUACCUCCGAGCUUUGGUUACUGAGCUGGAAGGGCAAUUUCACAGGCUGAAGAGCCAACAGUACUCUAAGGAAGAAGCAAGACACAAGGCAACAGACCUUACACUGCCAUCUUCAACGCUGGCAAAACAAAGAAGACUCACUCAUAUGGAUUUUGCUUGCCUCCAUUAUGAAUUUGGAGAGGCUGUUGUAAGAGCUAAGCAACAGUGGCAGGAGGGAAAGAGAAAGCAGGUUCCAGAAAGCGAGAGCGUAAUACAUUUUGAAUAGGACAAUCAGCAAUCCCAAACAUUUGGCUGUAACCAAUGAAUUCUGGGACACCUAAAGUUUUAGUUGGUAUCUGUGAAAAAGAUAAAUCUCAUUUUAAAACAUUCCUUGUUUUUUAAAAGAAAUGCUUUUAAUAAAUGUGUAUUUUGAAAAA